UUGCGCACGCGCCGCUCUGCCGAUGCGUCAGGAACAGCCAUUUCCCAUGUCGAAUUGAUCUCGGUGGAUGGUGAGCACCGAGCUGAUCGACGCGCGGAGCUAGCCGAUCGUUGUCGCCGAUCGCCGGCGCCAUCCGCCAGGUGGCCAUGUACGCGGCCAAGCACCGGGGCCACUCGUCGCAGCAUCAGCAGCAGCACGUCGACGAGGCGGUGAUGGGCGGCGUCGCCAACGGCCACGGGCACCGGCCAGCGGCGCCGCGGCCGGCGCCCCGGCGCGCCAAGCUCAAGAUCCUGCUCGUCGUCAUCGCCACCAACCUCGUCUCCGUCUACCUCUUCUCUGGGGCGUCGCUGUCCGUGCACCUCCCGGCGUCGGCGCCGCGGAUCCACCUGUGGGACUCGGCCGCGCUGCUGCGGGACCUCAACGCCACGCGCGCCGCGCUCGCGGGCGCCCGCGCGGAGCUCGCGGCGCUGCGGGCGCAGUGCAACGCGUCGUCGCACCUCCUCGAGUCCGUGCUCGCAGGCCUCGGCGCCGUGCACGGGGACGCGCCGGAGGCCAGGGACUUCGGCGGGUGGCCCGAGGAGCCCACGGGAGAGCUCAAGCUCGCCAUCGAGCCCCACAGGCUGCCCCUCGGCUUCCACGCCAACUUCGGCACCGACGAGCUCUUCCCGGGGCUGGGCUUCGCCUGCCGCAACUUCCAGGAGGAGCUGGCGCAGUACAUGGCGUACGACGCCGGCGCCGAGUGCCCCGACGACGACGCCCUCGCGCUGCAGCUGACGCUCAAGGGGUGCGAGCCGCUGCCCCGCCGCCGUUGCCGGGCGAGGUCGCCGGCGGGGUACGUGGAGCCGGCGCCGCUGCCGCGGAGCCUGUGGUCCGUCCCGCCGGACACCACCGUGCGCUGGGCGCCGUACACGUGCAAGAACUACACCUGCCUCGUGCAGCGCGCGCGCACCCGUGGCGGCGCCUACUUCUGCAAGGACUGCUUCGACCUGGAGGGGAAGGAGCGGCGGCGGUGGCAGGCCGACAACGGCGGUCCCGGGUUCAGCAUCGACAGCGUGCUCCGGUCCCGGGCGCCUGGCACGGUGCGGGUCGGGCUCGACAUCGGCGGCGGCACGGGCACGUUCGCGGCGCGGAUGCGGGAGCGGAACGUGACGGUGGUGACCACGACGCUGGACCUGGACGCGCCCUUCAACCGGUUCGUGGCGUCGCGCGGGCUGGUGCCGCUGCAGAUCACGCUCAUGCAGCGGCUGCCCUUCGCCGACGGCGUGCUGGACAUCGUGCACUCCAUGAACGCGCUCAGCAACUGGGUGCCCGACGCCGUGCUCGAGGCCGCGCUCUUCGACAUCUACCGGGUGCUCAGGCCCGGCGGCGUCUUCUGGCUGGACCACUUCUUCUGCCUGGGCCCGCAGCUCAACGCCACCUACGUGCCCAUCUUCGACCGCGUCGGCUUCCGGCGGCUCCGAUGGAAGGCCGGCCGGAAGCUCGACCUCGGCGCCGAGAGGAACGAGUGGUACGUGUCGGCGCUGCUCGAGAAGCCCAUGACUUGAGUCUAUUGUUGUCCGGGCGCCUGCCGUCGCUUUUCGUAAUCCGUUUGUUGUUUGUUUCGUCCCUCCAUUUGCUGAUGCUCUUUGGAUUGUCAAUUUGGCAUGACACGGGCCUGAGGAAAAGAAUUAGCAUUGUAGGGAGAAAAUGGUGAGACUGUGACAAGAAUUAUAGACAGUUUUUAAACAUUUUUUCAUGAAAUAAUUCAGCGAAGCUGUUCCCGAA